CCCAACCGGCCAAACCCAACCGGCCAAACCCAACUGGCCAAACCCAACUGGCCAACCCAACCGGCCCCCUCUUGCGCCAACGCUCCUACCGGGACACCGUUUCGGGGCGCCACUGGCCCCCCCUGACGCAACGGGCUGCCGCCGCCGCCGCCGCCGCCGGGAUGUUCAGUUGGCUGCGGAAGAACCCCAAGAAGAGCCCCGAGGUGGUCCGCACCGUCACCGAGGGGCUGAAGACCCUCUACAAGAAGAAACUCUUGCCGGUGGAGGAAUUUUACCGUUUCCAUGAUUUCCACUCGCCGGCGCUGGAAGAGGCCGAUUUCGAUAACAAGCCCAUGGUGUUGGUGGUGGGGCAAUAUUCCACUGGGAAAACCACCUUCAUCCGGUACCUCCUGGAGCAGGAUCCCGGCAGCCGCGUGGGGCCGGAGCCCACCACCGACUCCUUCGUGGCCAUCAUGCACGGAGAGACGGAGGGGAUCACGCCGGGCAACGCCCUCAUCGUCGAUCCCAAAAAACCCUUCCGGAAACUCAAUCCUUUCGGGAAUACCUUCCUCAACCGGUUCAUGUGCGCCCACCUCCCCAACCAGGUGCUGGAGAGCAUCAGCCUCAUCGACACCCCCGGAAUCCUCUCGGGGGCCAAACAGCGCGUCUGCCGCGGCUACGACUUCCCGGCCGUGCUGCAGUGGUUCGCCGAGCGGGUGGACCUCAUCAUCCUCCUCUUCGACGCCCACAAGCUGGAGAUCUCGGACGAGUUCUCCGAGGCCAUCCGAGCCCUCAAGGGCAACGAGGACAAGAUCCGGGUGGUCCUGAACAAGGCCGACAUGGUGGAGACGCAGCAGCUGAUGCGCGUCUACGGGGCGCUGAUGUGGUCCCUGGGGAAGGUGUUCAACACCCCCGAGGUGCUGCGCGUCUUCAUCGGGUCCUUCUGGUCCGAACCGCUCCUCAUUGCCGACAACCGGCAGCUCUUUGAGCUGGAGGAGCAGGACUUGUUCCAGGACAUCCAGAACCUGCCCCGGAACGCCGCCCUGAGGAAGCUCAAUGACCUCGUCAAGCGGGCGCGGCUCGUCAGGGUGAGUGCGGCCGCCCGGGUGCGGGGGUCCUCUCUACGGCUCCGAUGGGGCCACGGGGACACCGGGACUCCCUGGGGAUCUCCACGGCUCCGAUGGGGACACCGGGACUCCUUGGGGAUCUCCACGGCUCCGAUGGGCCACGGGGACACCAGGACUCCCUUGGGAUCUCCACAGCUCUGA